GGGAUACCAACCCGACGCUCCGGGUACACCUGUUGGUGUACAAGCGGACCCUGCCGUUCCGGGGGGUCUUCGAUGGAGAAAGAAGCAUGCCCGUCCUGGUGUACUCGGUUACGCCGAGCCGAAGUGCUUCGGCGCAGAAGUACCACCCAGCGGACGCCAUGCACUUCGUGUGGACCGGGUACUCAGGCGGGGCGAGCUUGUCUUCUGAGUUCCGAUGCUUUCAGAAGCGGGACGACGUCUUUCCGGACGGCCUCAGCCGGGCUACCAAAAUGGAGAAACCCCCCGCCCGAUAUGGCCGCGGAGAUUUGUGCGCGCAUGAUUUGCCGUCGCGUUGUCGUGAUGGAUGCGAACUGCGGCCCUUGGUGGUGUCCGAAAGCCUUGCGGCUUCAGCAUGACAGGUAGCAACAGGAGGCAGGGAACAGCAUGACAGACUGUCUGUCCCGUGCAUGACAGCAAACUGUUUGGUAACAGGGAACAACAGCAUGACAGACAACUGCUUGGCAAUACCAGUCGACUUGUGUACUUACUCAAAUACGAGCAAAGGCACCAACUUCCUUUGCGAUUUGGGGAGGGGGGAUUUUUCCUCAGCAUACGUGGGAAAAUGUGUUUAGAAGUGGCGCUGCUCGGGGAGGAGGAGUGGACCGGGUUCGAACCCCGUUGGCGAAUACAUACGUACCAUGUGGGCGACUUGGUACGCAUUGCUCAUAUGUCUGCGUCUGGACAUCAGCUGCAAUAGACUUGCCACGCCCUCUGUCAGAGUAGUAGAAGUAGAAGCUUUGGUGCAAUUUUGGACAACUUGAGGAAACAUUUGUAUUGCAGACUACUUAGAACAAAUUGUGAAGAUGAAAUCUGGAUCUCCUCUGCCAGGCAAAACCUGCAUGAAAAACUUUUGCAGCCUUCCAGACCCAGACAUGCAUUUGCACUGGAUACGUGCGCGGGUGGGACGACUGGAAAAAGUUGGUCGAAAAUAUAUCCUGAGGAAAACCGUUCCAACCCCAUAGCUGUCACGCAACUCUGCCUGGUCAAAAUGUUUCUCAUGCGGAGCCUCAUGUUGACAAGCAUUUACUAGUCGGGUUUUGGACUUUUUAUCCUCCAAUCAGCAUAAUAGGGUAAAUCUGUCAUGCCGAUAAGCGAGCUAAACAGGAUUUUUACACUACGAGGCCAAGCUUGUCAUGCGCAACAACCUAAGCUAGCUGAAUUGUCUAGCAGAUUUCCCAGCUUGACUAUGGGGUGGGGACGUUUUUCCUCAGGAUAGAUCAUGGACAGAAAAAAAGGAGGAUACGCAACCAACCCAAAUUUCUUCGCACGAGAUCUCAUCACGAACUAUUCAAGAAAAAAACGGUGUUAGUGUAAAUUUGGGAUGCGCAACAUGCAAAAUGAUUGCGUCUGUCAUGCUUGGCAUACAUCGUAGGGUCUAUUAAAGGCCGUUUUCGCGUACUAGCUGCGCAUGACAGGAGGUUUUUGCUGUCCUGCCAGACAAAUUUGUAAUGCUGUUCCUCCAAAAAAGUUACACCUACAAUGUUUUUUGCUUCGAUACGAACAACACAACGAGCACUGGCGGCCGUAUCAAACCUGGAGACGACCUAGCAGAGGCGGUUUUCGGAGGUCCGAAUCGGACACUGACGAGAGCCAGAUGCGAAGCCGACUUCUACGCCCGGCAAACUCCCGACGAGCCAGAUACGACGAAAAAGCAGCACGAUGCGUGGCGGCAGAUAAGGCGGGCACUGCAGGGACGAUUGACCCGGUUCCCACGAG